AUGGCAGACGUGGCAGCGCAGCGGGAAGCAAGACGUCGAAAAAUCAUCCAGAGUUCGGAAGCUCGAAUGAACAAAUUGCUUGGGCUUACAAAAAAACAAAGUAAUGAGUCAACAUCACAGAGCGAGUUGGUUGAAUCACCUUUAUCUUCACAAAACUCACUCCCUCACAGCGACCAGAAUGAAGAACAACCCAAAAGUCUACAUCUCCACUCAUCCAACUCAACUGCUUCUGCAUCCUUGACUUCUAGAAACAUCUCCUCUUCUCUGACCUCACCACCGUCGACAGAUAGAAGCUCAAACAGACCAGAUUAUUUAAUUUCUGGGCAAGAUUCUGCCACUAAUUCCAUCUCUGGUGUUACUAGGAACAUUGAUCCAGCACUGCAGACACCUUUCAAAAGGUCUGAACUUGAGGCAAGAAAGACAGAUAAAUUAUUGAAGGAUGCUCAAGGAUUUAAUGCACAGAAGUUUGAAUUUGUGAAAAUCUUUACAUUUAUUAUUAUUGCCUUUCUGCAACGUUGUGUUUUGAAGUGGGGCCUGGGUCUUUUUGUGGUGCCAAGCAUAUUUGUGCCAUUUGUGGUCCUGGAGAUAACAUUUGAGUAUGUGGUCUACAAUUUCCUGCAGCACAUUGUACUGUUCCAGUCUAAAGGCAACCUGAUGUCUGCAGCCCUAAUGUUGUGUGGCAUGAAACAGGAGCUAACAGAGACCUACAACAAUAUAAUGGCACGCAUCACUAUAUGGCUUAGUGAUUUCUGCCUGUACUUUUUUGCUUUCAUAUUUUGGGAUCUGUUAAUUGCAUCAUAA